AUUCACGUUGCAUUGAUGAGCUGUUUCCGCUCCGAUCGGCCCGCCCGCCGCAGACAAUGAAGAGCAGCAGAAAAGGCAGGGCGCUGCUGUCGGUGGCUCUCAACCUGGUGGCUCUCUUCUUCUCCACCACGGCGUUCAUCACGACCUACUGGUGCGAGGGCACGCAGCGCGUCCCCAAGCCCAACUGCAGCAAGCAGCGGCUGCACAACUGCAUCAACUACGGCGUGAACGAGACGGACCAGAGCAAAGUGCACUACAGCUGGGAGACCGGCGACGACCGCUUCCUCUUCAGGCACUUCCACACGGGAAUAUGGUACUCGUGCGAGGAGGACAUCAACGGGCAAGGUGAAAACUGCAGAAGCUUUAUUGAUCUGGCUCCAGCAUCAGAGAGGGGUGUUCUUUGGCUGUCUGUGGUUUCCGAGGUGCUAUACAUCAUGCUGCUGGUCGUUGGCUUCAGCCUAAUGUGCCUGGAACUCUUCCACUCAAGCAAUGUGAUAGAUGGGCUCAAGCUGAACGCCUUCGCUGCGGUCUUUACCGUGCUCUCAGGACUCCUGGGGAUGGUGGCCCACAUGAUGUACACACAGGUCUUCCAAGUUACCGUUAGCCUUGGCCCAGAGGACUGGAGACCAUACUCAUGGGACUAUGGCUGGUCUUUCUGCUUGGCUUGGGGCUCCUUCACCUGCUGCAUGGCUGCCUCUGUCACCACCCUCAACUCCUACACAAAGACUGUCAUCGAGUUCAGGCACAAGCGCAAGCUGCUUGAGCAAGGCCUCCGCGAGGAGCAGACCAUCAUCGAUCCGGAGGCUUUCGGUUACUUCCGGGAAACAUCUCUGCAGUCAAUCUCUGGCUCUGUGGAGGUGUUCCCCAGGCAGGGCGGCGGUGGGGGCAAAGCGCUCGGGCCUGGGGCGGCGGCAGACCUGGGCGAGAUCCCGGAGUCGAUGGGCGAGGAACAGUGCUGA